AUGUCUACCCAUCUCGCUGCCGUCCUGAAAGGCAAAGGCCAAAACUUUGAGAUCGAAUCUCGCCCCACACCAAAGCCAGGACCAAAUGAACUCCUCGUCGCUGUCAAGUCUGUCGCGUUCAACCCGGCCGACACUUUCAUGCGCAGCCAAGGUUUCUUCAUCACCGAGUAUCCUACUGUUACCGGCUUCGACAUGGCAGGUGUAGUUCUUGAAGUCGGCGAGAAUGUCCCAACUGGCGACGACAAGAGCACACUUUGCUUUCGGCCUGGUGAUCGAAUCGUUGCUUACUCCGCCUCAGCAUGGAGAUCCUGCGCGCCAGACUAUGGGGCCUUUCAGGAGAAAUGUAUUGUUCCGUGGCAACAUGCCGUAGCUAUUCCAGAUGAGACCAUGUCAUGGAACGAUGCUGCGACGUUACCCGUGUCUGUGCAGGUACCACUUAGUGCCUGGGAUCAAAUGGGCAUUCCAAGGACAGACGACAAAAAAGUCGGAUCAAAUGGACCAGUCGAGAAGAAUCAAGUCUUACUUAUCUGGGGAGCAUCUUCGAGUGUAGGCACAAUGGGUGUUCAGUCAGCACGUAUAAUGUGUCAAGAUCCCGACUCUCCUUUUGCAGCUGUUUACGCCACGGCUGGAGCAGACAAUCUCGAAUACAUACGUUCCCUGGGUGCGGACUGUGUGUUUGACUACAAAGACCCUGGAGUUGUGGACGCGAUGAUUUCCGCGGCUCAAGGCAGUUACCUGGCCAUUCGUCAUUGCUUCCUCGCCGUUGGAAAGCUUUCCCAGUGCCAGGAUGUGCUCAAAGCCUUCGCCAAACCUGGCGACAAGCCAACGAAGAUAGUUUCAGCACCUCGUCUUCCGGAAGACGCAAAAGAUGUGGAAGGGGUCGAAGUGAUGUUCGUGAUGCCAUCGACUGUAGAAGAGGAAAGACUGGAGGAGUUCCGAUACUGGCUGGGCACAUGGUUAAGAAACAGACUUACCGAGGGGUCUGUUCGACCAAGCCCUGAGCCAACUGUUAUUGGAAAGGGCUUGGAGUUCAUCAAAAAGGCGUUGGAUAGGAUGGCUCAAGGAGUGAGUUGUACAAAGUUGGUGGUGGAAAUUAGCGAGUAA